UUUUUUUGUAUCCUUCUCAAUUCUCUCAUAAGGGAGUAAGUAGUGAUCGGGUCGGAUCUGAUCGGAUUGUACAGGACCUUGUUGAGGCUCUUCUUCAAUGGCGCAGAUACUUUCCCCUGUUUGUACGGAUCUUCUGAAGUUCCAGAACUCAGUUCGUAGCUCCAGAUCAGGUGCCUCCCGGUUCUCGCCGAAGACCACCGGUGCUUCUUCGUCUUGGGGCUUACCUCGGUUCGCUGGAAAGAGGCGAAGUGGUUCCAUCGGGAGGUUGAGGGUUGCUACUGAGGAUGCUUCUUCUCUUUCCACCGGUGAUGUCGCCGAUGAUUACUAUGCCGUUCUCGGUCUGCUUCCAGAUGCUACACCGGAGGAGAUUAAGAAAGCUUACUAUAACUGUAUGAAAUCUUGCCAUCCAGACUUGAGUGGCAAUGACCCAGAAACCACAAACUUCUGCAUGUUUAUAAACGAUAUCUAUGAGAUUCUCAGUGACCCUGUACAGCGUAUGGUUUAUGAUGAAAUUCAUGGUUAUGCAGUGACUGCCACCAAUCCUUUUCUUGAUGACUCUACCCCAAGGGAUCAUGUUUUUGUUGAUGAGUUUGCUUGUAUAGGCUGCAAAAAUUGUGCCAACGUGGCUCCAGAUAUAUUUGAAAUUGAGGAAGACUUUGGAAGAGCAAGGGCCUGUAACCAGCGUGGCAACCCAGAUUUAAUUCAGCAGGCGGUUGAGACAUGCCCGGUUGAUUGUAUCCAUCAGACUUCUGCUGCACAGUUGUCAUUGCUUGAAGAUGAGAUGCGAAGGGUUGAAAGAGUUAAUGUUGCUCUGAUGCUUUCUGGAAUGGGAUCAGGGGCAGUCGAUGUUUUUAGAAUGGCGAGAUCUAGAUGGGAAAAGAGGCAAGCUAAAGUUUUGAAUCAAGCUAGAAGUAGAAUGAUGAAGCGGAAAAACAUAGAUGAAACACCUUCCUAUUGGGAUAACCUCUGGGGCAAAGAGAAUAAUUACCAGAAAAGCGAGGAAGAAGUACAAGAACGAGCACAACGAGCGGCCGCGGCAGCCAGAAGAUGGAGAGAAUACUCAAGAAGAGGCGUGGAUAAGCGUCCCACAUUCAAACUCCCUGACUCUGCUUCCAAAGGAGACAAUUGAAAUCGAUAUACAUAAGACGCUUAUAGUUGGAUAUAUAGGUAAAGUAGGUUUCUUACUAGAUCUUAUAUAUAUGUAAUCAUUUCAUAGACUUGUUUGUAUAGGAAGAAAAAACAAGUGUAUUUAAUUAACGUGUUCAGUUUUAUGUAUUAUGCACAAUUCUUGUGUUAUAGUGACGUGCCAAAAACC